AUGUGGUUGCGUGAUCCGUCUUUAGGUGAUCUUGUGGCUCAAUGGUGGCGGGAUGGCGCCCCUGCCUAUGGUACAGCUAUGUAUUCUCUGGUUAAGAAGUUGCAAUAUGUUAAGUUUCAUCUUAAGCGAUGGAAUAGGUUGAGUUUUGGUAAUUUUCGAGCUAGGAAAAGAGAAGCGUUGGACCGCCUUGCUGUGAUUACCCGUCAGAUUCGGGAUUUGGGCUUCUCGGAGGCUCUUGGGCAUGCUGAAUCCCAGGCUCUGAAAUUGGUGGAAGAGUGGGAGCUCCGUGAAGAGAUUUUCUGGAAACAAAAGGCUAGGAUUGAUUGGCUUCAAGAGGGUGAUCGGAAUACGGCCUUUUUCCAUUAUUCUGUGCAAGCUCGUCGAAAUAAGUGCUUUAUCUCUUCUCUUGUUAACUCUGAGGGUAUUUCAAUCUCUGCUCAACAUGCUCUAUCUAGAGAGGCUCGUCAGUACUACUCUAAUCUUUUCACUGAGGAUUCUGUACCUGCUGAGGCUGAUGAAAAUAGAGUCCUGGCUUGUAUUCCUUCUUUAAUUUCUAAUGAGGUGAAUGCUUCUCUUAUUCGCCCGGUGACUCUGUCUGAAGUGGAGGAGGUGGUGUUUGGGAUGAACAAAGGGAAAGCCCCUGGCCCUGAUGGGUUCCCAGUUGAGUUUUUCCAGGAGUUUUGGGAUAUUGUGAAGCAGGAUUUGUUAGAGGUGGUUUGUGAGUCUCUUCAUAGUAAGCAGAUGCUUCGCGCCUUGAAUGCUACUUUUCUGGUUCUCAUUCCUAAGAAGGAAGGUGCUGACAAACUUGAUCUCUUUAGACCUAUUGCACUCUGUAAUGUGGCGCAUAAGAUUAUUACGAAGUUGAUGGCUGAGAGACUCAAAUCUUGUUUGGCAAUGAUUAUUUCUGAGGAGCAAGGCGGCUUUGUGGCUGGGCGGCAAAUUCUGGAUGGGGUGGUGGUUGCGUCUGAAGCCAUUCAUUCCAUGGCUACUUCUCAGGAGAGGUCUAUGUUUAUCAAGUUGGAUAUGGCCAAAGCCUAUGACAGAGUUAAAUGGAGUUUUCUUCAGAAGAUUCUGUUGGCCUUUGGUUUUUCCUCUGAUUGGGUGAGUUGGGUGUUGAGUUGUGUGACUUCUUCCUCCUUUUCGGUUAUUAUGAAUGGGGAGCCUUAUGAGCUUUUUGGGGCUACUAGGGGUCUUCGUCAGGGGGAUCCGCUCUCUCCUUAUUUGUUUAUUAUUCUGGCUGAGGGGCUUGGCCGUCUUCUUAAAUCUCAGGUUUCUCAUGGCUUGAUUCAUGGUUGGCAGUGGGGGAUGGGCUUGCCUACACUUUCUCAUCUCCAAUUCAUGGAUGAUACCUCUCUUAUGGGUCUGGCUCGUAUUAGGGAGGCUGAUUCCUUCAGGAAAACUUUGGACAUCUACCUUGCGGCUUCGGGCCAGAGAGUCAAUGAGCAAAAGUCUUCUAUUUUCUUCUUUAAUACUCCUCAAGCUAUCCAGCAUAGGAUUGCUGCCAUUCUGCGGUUUCAAAUUGGAACUCUUCCCUUUGUUUAUUUGGGUAUUCCUCUUACUGUUGGCCGUCUACCCAGAUCUUCUUGGCAGCAGUUGCUUGAUAAGCUUAGGAGAAAGGUUUCUCAUUGGACCCAUCGUUGGUUGUCUUCUGCAGCUAGAUUGACUCUUCUUAAGUCUGUCAUCCAGGCCCUUCCCAUCUACAGGUGCUUUGUUCAAGCGGCUCCUAUGUAUUUCCUUAAGGAAUUUGAUGCUCUUUCUCAUCAAUUUCUUUGGAGCGGUAAUUUAUUGUCUUCAAAAUGGAGCCUUGUUAAGUGGGAAUCAGUGUGUAGACCUAAGCAGGAAGGGGGUCUUGGUUUACGCUCUGCUAUUUUGAAUGGAAAAGCUCUUGCUGCUAAGCUUUACUGGCGCUGGUGCACCCAUCAGCACCAGUUAUGGGCUCGUAUUCUCAACCUUAAAUAUCUUCGGGGUGUUGCUUCUUUUGAGGUCCCUCGCUAUCCUCUGGAGGGGGGUGGUUCUAUGAUCUGGCAUACUUUGAAAGUGGGGGCGCAAUUGAUUAAGGAUGCUCUUUUUUGGAUCUGUCAUUCGGGUUCACAGGCUCUUUUUUGGUUAGAUUCCUGGGAUGGUCACCCUCCUAUUCUUUCUUCUUUUCCUCAUCUCCAGCCUCUGUCUGAGGUUUUUAGCGCAGCUGGCUGGGAUACUGUGGAGCAUUAUAAGGUGGCACAACAUGAUGGUUUGGUUCUUCGGUUUCGUUGGAAGCACCCUUCUGAGUGGCCUCCAGGAGGGUCUGAGGGGGAUAGGCGUGAGCUUUCCCAACUUUUGGCUUCCCGUGCUUGUAAUUCUUUGAGAGGAACUGAUGUUUUGGCUUGGGAUGGUUCAGACUUGUCUGGAAAGUACUCUGUGGUUGCUGGUUAUAAACAGAUUGGUAGGCAGUUGUUUGGGGACAUUGAGGUCCCUUGGUGGAAGCAUGUUUGGCACAAGUUGUCAUGGCCCAAGUGCAACUUCUUUAUGUGGUUAGUGGCCCAAAAUCGGUGUCUCACUUGGGAUAAUUUAUGUAAGCGUGGUUUUCAAGGCCCUUCUAUGUGUGUUUUGUGUCAAGGUUGUGAAGAGAGUGUAUCCCAUAUCUUCUUCCAAUGCUCCUAUGCUAGGGAGAUUUGGCACUUCUGGUGGGGAGUGUGGAAUACGACCUGCUGGCAUGUUUCCUCUUUGGUGGAAUUUUGGGAACGAUGGGGAAGGGCCCCUGUUUCUACUUCCUUUCUCCAGGCUGCUUGGGCCAUUGGGCCUUCCUUUAUUAUCUGGAAUCUUUGGUUGGAGAGGAAUAGGCGGAUCUUUCAAGAAUUGCAGUUGAUGGCUCCUCACCUUUGGAGGAAAAUUUUACACUCCUUAGGGGAAACUAUUGUGGCUAAGUGUGAUAUGACUAUGCGGGUGGACCCUCGGGAUGUUGAUUGUUGUAAUCGCCUUCAUCUUCCUCCUUCGCAACGACAACUCAUGCGUAACAGGUGUAGGCAUCCUACCCCAAAGGUGAAUAGGGAGGGAAAAUGGUGCCCUCCUCCCUUGGGAGUCCUAAAAAUCAACUCGGAUGGCUCUUCUCGUGGUAAUCCUGGUCAUGCUGGCAUUGGAGGUGUGGGCCGUGAUAGCUCAGGGGAUGUUCAGUUUAUUUUCUCUGAGUAUAAGGGUCUUCAUACGAAUAAUCUUAUGGAGGCUCAGGCUAUUUUAGUGGCUAUGGAGCGGGCCAAUCAGUUGGGUUGGCGAAGGAUCAUAUGUGAGUCUGACUCCCAGGUUGUGGUGAACUUACUGAAAAGGCAGUAUAUGGAUAAUGUGAGCUGGCAGCUGGCCGUGAUUGUUGAACAAAUUCUCACUCUCUGUGCAUCUCUGGAGAAUGUUACUUUCAACCAUAUUCCCCAUGAAUGGAAUGGUGUGGCUGAUUGCUUGGCUAAAUGGGCUUCCGAUCAUAUGCAUGAUUGGAAUUUGGUGGAUCGGGGCCAUCUGCCCCCGGAUUUGUCUCAUCAAUUGGAUCACUUGGUUGAUCUUGAUAGGGCCAUUUAA